UGCUGCUGCUGCAGGAUGAGCCAGCAGCAGAAGAGAGGAGAGAGAGAGAGAUUGUCUUCACCAUCAGGUUGGAUCAUUUCCUCUCACGCGCAGUGUGAGUGUGUGUGUGUGUGUGUGCUCAGCGGCUCGACGGACAGCGCGAGCGGGCUGUGAUUGUGUGAGCGGUGCUUCCUCCCGUGACUGCGGGCGAAACCGAGAACCCACGAGCGAGAGGGACGCAGGGAAAACUGCCAUGUCUUCAUCAUCGGAAUAGAGAAACCGCUUUAUAAACGGCAUUAAUAUGAACGCCAUGUCUUCACUGAGGGUGAGCGUCCAUGCCUCAGACGGGUUCCUGACAACGCUGACUAAAUGUUCUACUGUGUGACUCUACCAUGGAACACAUAGUAUACUGCCUGCUGGUCCUAGGAGCCACAAUAAUGAUCACCCACGCCUGCCCCAAGUACUGUGUUUGCCAGAAUCUGUCCGAGUCCUUGGGGACACUGUGUCCCUCCAAAGGCCUCCUUUUUGUGCCUCCAGAUAUUGACCGCAGCACGGUGGAGCUCCGGCUCGGAGGCAACUACCUCUUCCGCAUUACACAGCAGGACUUUGCCAAUAUGACUGACCUGGUGGACCUGACGCUCUCCAGGAAUACUAUUAGCUACAUUCAGCCAUUCUCAUUUGGUGACCUGGAAACUCUGCGUUCACUUCAUUUGGACAAUAACCGCUUAAUAGAACUGGGCCCCGAUGAUUUGCGAGGCUUGGUCAACUUACAGCACCUCAUCAUGAACAACAACCAGUUGGUUCGCAUCCGUGACAAAGCCUUUGAGGACCUAGCCCCUGUUGUGGAGGAUCUCGAUCUCUCCUACAAUAACCUUAUGUCGCUGCCAUGGGACUCAGUUAAUCAGAUGAUUAAUCUGCACCAGCUCAGUCUAGACCAUAACCUAUUGGACUUUAUUCCAGAGGGCACAUUCACGCACUUGGAAAGGCUGGUGAGACUUGACUUGACGUCAAACUGCUUACAGAAGAUACCCCCAGACCCCAUCUUCAUCCGCGCCCAAGAAUCCAUGCUAAUGGUUGAACCCUAUGAUCCUGAAAUCUCCUUAAAUCUGGGCGGGAAUCCUCUUCACUGCAACUGUGAGAUGCUGUGGUUGCGGAGGCUUGAGCGAGACGAUGACCUGGAGACCUGUGCCUCCCCUCCUUCUCUAAAGGGUCGUUAUUUUUGGAAUGUGAAGGAGGAGGAGUUUGUUUGUCAGCCACCUCUCAUUACCAAGCACACCCACAGGAUGUUGGUACUGGAGGGCCAGGCGGCCAGCCUAGAGUGUGAGGCUGCUGGAGACCCUUCUCCUACCAUCCACUGGAUCUCUCCUGGUGGUCUGCUACUUGGCAACUCGUCCCGAACUGCAGUGUUCAGCAACGGAACUCUGAAGAUCACCAUCACCACCUCGAAGGAUUAUGGCACCUUCACCUGUGUUGCUGCCAAUGUAGCAGGGGAGUCCACUGCAUCUGUCGAGGUGUCCAUCGUCCAGCUUCCCCACCAUAACAAUGGAACUGAGCACCCAGCACUAGCCAAGUCACGGCUCUCUGACAUCACAGGAAACAGCAGGAUCAGCCAGGGGGCCCCUCAGAGCCCAGCAGAGAGUGCCGUGUUAGUCUCAGAGGUGACUUCUGUUUCAGUACUGGUCAAGUGGAUGGUGAGCCAAUCAGCUCCUAAGGUUAAGAUGUACCAGCUCCAGUACAACUGCUCUGAUGAUGAAGUUCUCUUUUACAGGAUGAUCCCUGCCUCCAGUCAGGCUUUUGUGGUGACUAAUCUGGUGUCGAGGACUCGCUAUGAUGUGUGUGUGCUUGCUGCCUGGGACGACACGGCCACCACGCUCACAGCCACCAGUGUUGUUGGCUGCACACACUUCUUCACGCAGGACGACUACGCUCAGUGUCAGUCUCUGCCCAGGUCGCUGCUCGGAGGCACCAUGAUCCUGGUGGUCGGUGGCAUCAUCGUGGCCACCUUACUGGUGUUCAUUAUCAUUCUGAUGGUGCACUACAGAGCUGCAGAUACUGCACUCCCCAAAAUGCGGCUGACCAGUGUCACUGAGCCAUAUUCUCAGACCAAUGGGGGACGACUUGGGCAAAAUGGACUCCUCAUGUCUCAGUCUGAGCCAAUAGUCAAGCCCAAAGUGACUCUGCAAGAGAAGGUGGUGGAGUUCAAGUGUGGUUCCCUCCAGAGCAGCCUUACCUCAUCAUCCUCUUCCUCCACGUCAUACAGCCCCAAACACACACUGACCAAUGUUUGGAGGUCAGCUCCCUCUAAGCAGCAGCCCAGCCUGGACAACCCUCUCAGGGCCUUCACUUCCCUGGAGCUGCAGGUAGCACAGGAACAUAAGCCAGAAUCCUCCAGUAGCACAUCAAUGAUAACAGACAAAGAGCCUCUGCUGGGCUGGAAACUAGACUCAAGCCUCAGUCAACUACUGCUGCUCCCUCUGGACUCACAGUUUAAAAGGAGCCAGUCCUUUGACAGUGGAGAUGUGUCAGGUAGCAGCACCACUCAGUUAUACAGCAUCAGCAGUGUCUGGACACGGCGGAGUCUCUCUGUGAACAGUAUGCUGCUGCAGAGUGAGGACGACACACAGGGAGACACACAAGGAAGCAAGGAGACGACAGACAGUGCUGUGAUGGAAAGUACUGUGUAGUCAGACUGUCAGUCAACAACGAUGCCAAACAGACACUAAAGUU